AUGUUCAUUCUCUAUUAUUUCGUAUUCCCGUUUUUCCUGUCCCAAAUUACCAUCGCCAAAAAAUGUCAUUUGUCUGCCGGGGGGGACCGAUUGGAUGUGAACAAUCCGGAAACGUGGAAAUGUUUUGCAGAUGAAGAACUGCAUCAAUUUAAACACACAUUCCCAUAUGAUCAACUGUAUGCCAAAAUGGCUCGACCGAAGAAUGGGAUCCUUUUCAUCGGAGACGGAUUGAGUCUGAGCACGGUGACCGGAGCUCGCUACUUGAAAGCAACCAAUCGAGGAAAAGAAGUUGGUGAAGAAUUACUCAGCUGGGAUACAUGGCCCAGUGUUUCGUUGCUCAGAACCAUGGAUGCGGAUCGAAUGACAACCGAUUCAGCCGCGGCAGCAACUGCCUUGUUCACCGCGCACCUAUCGGGUUGUGAUUGUCUACGAACUGAAAUUGUCCAAUGUCUGGUCGAUGUGUCCCUGAUUUUAGGCACCAAAGGAAUACACUACACACUCGGACUGACGAAGGGCGCAGGCUGUUGCAGCUGUGACGUAAUCAAUCAGACCCAUUACGCCCAAUCCAUUUUGCUCCUGGCUCAGAAACAAGGUUUAUCCACCGGCAUUGUGACCACUACUCGAAUCACACACGCCACUCCUGCAGCAACCUAUGCAAUUUCACCAAGUCGUCAAUGGGAGGCUUAUAUAGAUCCUUCUGCACAGAAAAACCUAAAGGAAAAAAGCCAACAUUGUCUGGACAUUGCCCAACAACUGAUCGAGAAUGGGAUCGACUUCAAUGUGGUUCUCGGUGGUGGUACUGAGAUGUUUCACGGACCGCCCACAAAGUAUUCCUCAACAAAAAUCGGCAAACGCAAAGACGGGAAAGAUUUGCUAAGCGAGUGGGUCCAACGUCAGACACAGAAAGAUCGGAGAUUCAGUUUAGUGACGAAUAAAACACAGUUCGAUGCAGUGGACAUCAAUACAACAGACUAUUUGUUUGGUAAGCACCAAUGUGGACUUAACAUCCGAUUUAGGAUAAGACUUUGA